AUGUCGCCCAAAUCAGGUGUCGCCACGCCGUCCUCUGAGAUGGACCCCUCAGACCCCAUCGCCAUUGUGGGCAUGGCCGUGAGGCUGCCCGGCGGCGUCCGCAACACCGAGGACUUUUGGGACCUGAUGAUGAACAAGAGAAGUGGCCUCAUCCCCAUUCCCAAAGAGAGGUGGAACAGUGAGGGCUUCUACAGCCCCGUUGCCAAAUGGGGUACUGUUCAGAACAAGGAGGCCUACAUGUUCAGCCAGGCCGACAACGAUCUCACCAAGUUUGAUGCCUCAUACUUCACGUGUGGUGAGAAGGAGAUUGAGCGCAUGGAUCCCAUGCAACGUCAGUUGCUUGAGAUCACGCGUGAAUGUCUCGACAAUGCUGGAGAGACCAACUGGCGCGGCCAAGAGAUUGGCUGCUACGUUGGAAACUUCUCAUCAGAUUGGCAAGAUGACUUGUCUAUGGACCCUCAUGCAUCCGGUCUCUACCGUGGCUCAGGAUACCUUGACUUCUUGCAACCUAACCGUGUGUCCUACGAGUAUGGCUGGACCGGCCCGAGUAUGCUUGUCAAGACUGGUUGUUCAUCAUCGAUGGUGGCUCUUCAUUUGGCAGCGGAGGCCGUCCAGAGUGGCGCUUGCAAGUCAGCCAUGGCCCUUGGCUGCAACCUAAUCACCUCUGUCAUCACAUCUAUCGUCUUCACUGAGACGGGUGUUCUGUCACCCAGCGGCAAGUGCAAGACCUUUGACCUUCUUGCCGACGGCUAUGGCCGAGGUGAAGCUGUCAACGCCGUUUACGUCAAGAGACUGAGCGACGCUCUCAGAGAUGGCAAUCCCGUGCGCGCCAUCAUCCGCGGUAGCGGAACUAAUAACGAUGGCCGGUCCAACGGAAUCAUGAGCCCCAACACUUAUUUGCAAGAGGCACUAAUUAGAAAGACAUACGAGAAGGCCGGACUGAAGGACUUUUCCAGGACGGCCUUCUUUGAGUGUCACGGUACUGGCACGCCGACUGGAGAUCCCCUUGAGGUCGCUGCGGUCGCGCGUAUUUGGAAAGACUACAACGGCGUCAUGAUCGGUGCCGUCAAACCCAACGUUGGUCAUUCUGAGGGUGCGGCUGGACUCACCAGUGUCAUCAAAGCCGUUCUCGCUCUUGAGAACAGAGUCAUUCCUCCAAACAUCUACAUGGAGAACCCCAACCCAAGAAUCCCGUGGGAGGAAGCCAAGCUCUCUGUCCCAACAGAGCCAACUCCGUUCCCUGCCGAUCGAGACGAGCGCAUCAGCGUCAACUCCUUCGGUGUCGCCGGCUCCAACGCCCACGUCAUUCUUGAGUCUUUUGAGGGCUGGCAGAAGUUGCAAGACGAUGCCAGCUCCAUCAGCUCAGACUCCGGCGUCAGCGUCCGCGCGCCAGGACAGCGCCUUCUUCUCUUCUCUGCUGCUCAUCUGACAUCUCUUGAGAAGCAAAUUGAUCAGCACAAGGAGUACUUGCAGAAGAAGGGCACUGAUCUGGACGAUCUUGCCUACACCCUUAGCCACCACCGCGAUGCUCUCGCUUGCCGCGCCUACGCCAUCGCCGACGAACACGGUGCAUUCGAGCCCAGCAGCUUCAAGCGCAAGCCCACAGUAGCUCGCAGGACCGUCCUUGUCUUCACUGGUCAGGGUGUGCACUGGGCCGGUAUGGGCAAGGCCCUCAUCGAGACCAACGAUGUCUUCCGCAACUCGAUUCAGAAGCUAGACAAGUGGCUUCAGUCUCUCCCGGAGGCUCACAGGCCCAACUGGAGUCUUGAGAAGGAGCUCUCUAUCGACGAUGCAUCUAGCAGAGUCGGUCAGCGCGGCUACUCUCACCCUUGUGCCACGGCCGUUCAGAUCGCGCUCACCGACGUUCUCGCAAGCCUCGGCAUUCGCCCGGAUGCGGUGACCGGUCACUCCGGAGGUGAAGCCGCCGCUGCCUAUGCCGCUGGCAGUGUCUCUGCGGAGGCUGCUCUCGCAGUUGCCUACUUCCGUGGAUGGCUCUUGGUCAACGGCAAGGUUCCUCCUGGCACCAUGGCUGCGGUCAGUCUCGGCCCCAGGGAGGUUGAGCCUUUUCUCAUCCCUGGAGUUGUUGUCGGUUGUGAGAACAGCCAGUUCAACACCACCUUAUCUGGAGACCCCGUCUGCAUCCAGCACUGCAUUGACCAGAUCACUCGACGCCACCCAGACGUCAAGGCCAAGGUCCUCAAUCUUGAGACGGCAUUUCACUCUCCCUGGAUCGAGCCUCUCGCCGGACCUUACGAGGACCUUCUCAAGCCUCACCUGGCUGAUGCCAAGGCUCCCAGCAUUCCCCAUUUCUCUAGUGUCACUGGCCUUGAAAUGACUGGGGACGAAUUCGGUGCGAACUACUGGCGCCGUAACUUUGUGCAGCCUGUCUUGUUCAACACGGCGUUGAGGACUCUGAUGAAGAGCAACAACAACAAUCUUUUCAUCGAGGUCGGUCCUCACCCAGCCCUUCAGCGACCGAUGAACGAGAUUCUCCGCAGCAUGCCCGAGGCCUCUUGCGAGUACAUCUCCACCCUCCGCAGAGGCGAGGACACCAACAUGUCCAUGCUGCGCUUGGCCGGUGAGCUCUUUGUCCAAGGCGCCCCGGUCGACUUGUCGAGCAUCAUGCCCAAGGGCAGAGUCCUGACCGACCUUCCCACCUACCCCUGGCUCCAUGACGUUUCCUACUUCGACGAGCCCAGGAACCCCUCCCGGUACAAGCAGAGGAAGCACACUCGCCAUGUUCUUCUCGGUGCCAGGGUUCUCGAAGGCAACGACAUCGAGCCGGCUUGGCGCAACAUGCUGGAUCUGAAGGAAGUCCCCUGGCUCAUGGAUCAUAUCGUCAACGGUCAGAUCGUCUUCCCUGGCGCGGGCUACAUGGCCAUGGCAGGAGAGGCAAUGCGCCAGGUUGCCAACGGUCUUGACUCUUACACCAUCCGGGACAUGUCCAUCACCACUGGCAUGACAGUGCCGAAGGAGAAGAAGAUGGAGCUAUACACCCGCAUGAUUCCCGAGGACAAGCCCAGCUCCGAGGGUCAGUGGUACAGCUUCAAGAUCAUGUCCUGCGACGGCCACCACUGGGUUACUCACUGCUCUGGCUUCAUCCGAUCCGGUGCUGAAGCUGAGAAGACGUCGAUCUCGAGCGCCCAAGCCGAGCAAGAGUUCGCUCGCGAGAUUGAGGCUGAGGGUUGGUACAAGGCUGUGAAGGCUGUUGGAAUUGACUGGCAAACUGCUUUCCAAGGCCUUGACCAGAUCACCGCCAGCACGACCACCCGAGAGGCCACGGCUACUGUGUACGACUUUGAGGACACCACUCAAUACGCUGCCCACCCGACUCUCUUGGAUCAGAUGCUUCAGAUCAACCUGGUUGCUCAAACCCAUGGUCAGAAGAGACGUCUGGAUAGCAUUCUUCUGCCAACUUUCGUCUCCCGCCUCGGCGUUCUCGGGAAUCAGGACCUUCGCAUGAGAGCCUACGGCAGCAUCAAGGAUGGCCCAGACGGUAUGACUGCCAACGCCGUCAUCUACACGGAGGAAGGCCGACCGACUGUAUACUUGGAAGGUCUCUCCUACUCUGAGUUGCCCGUAGCCAAACGCGAGGAGGUGCUGCUCGGUUCUACUUUCGAGUGGAAGGAGGAUGCCACCAUGAUUGAUUCGGUUGCGGAGCUGAGCAGCAUCGACGCCGCUCAAGAGCUUCGGGAUGUUGUCAGUCUUUUGACUUUCAAGAGCCCUGACUCGAGAAUCAUCGAGAUCGGCACUGGCGCGACCGACGUGACCCGCAUCGCCCUUGAAGCUGCCCACCCAUCUCAGCACAAGCGCUUGUACUCUGAGUACACCUACGUCACCACUUCUGACGAUGAGGUUGAGCAGGUUACUGAUGCUCUGGCUGAGAUCGAAGGCAAUGAGGUGUCUGUGGUCGACAUGGAGCAGUUGUCGCUUUGUCACCCUGCAGAUGUUGUCUUGCUGCCUCUGGCGACUUUGUUGUUGGACGACCGCUACCUGCAGGACGAUCUGACUGAGCUGCAAAACCUGCAGACAACCGGCAGCAGACUCAUCGUGCACAAUCUCUCCGGUGGUGCAGACGUCGUAGCCCAUGAGGACAAGAUCAAUCAACGACUCCAGGGUCUCGGGUACACGAUUCACUCCAAGACCAGCUCCGGUCUCAUUCUCGCUGAGCCUGCGAAGCGGGCAGAGCUUGACAAGGGCACCAGCAUCACCAUCCUGGCACAGGCUACUCCUCAAGGCAGCGAGCUCGCGAAGCAAGUCCAGUCCUACUUCGAGUCGAAGGGCUUCAGGGCUGAGGUCUCCAACGCCACAACUGUCCCGGCCGACAGCUCCUUCACGAUCUCGCUCUUGGAUGUCGAUGGCACUAGCGUUUAUGACCUCAACUCGGAGUCAUUCAGGCCUUUCCUGGACAGCUUGUGCAACUUGAAGGGCUCCCUGAUCUGGGUUCUACCAUCCGUCCACGGCUCUUGCAAGGACCCUCGCCCCGCAAUGAUUCAAGGCACUGCCAGGACCGUCCGCAUGGAGAACAAGGCCGACAUCACCUUGGUCGAAGCUGAUGACGCUUCGGUUUUGGGAAGCGACUUCUCUAAGGCGCUUUUCAAGAUCUCUCAGAGUUUGCCCAAGCGACGCAAGGGAGGAGACCUCGAUGCCGAUUAUGAUUAUGCUAUCUUGAACGGCAAGGUCCACAUCCCUCGCAUGUACUGGUUCGGUUUCUCCGAGCCUGCUGUGAGCAAGUCUCUUCCUGAGACAAAGGACUCCCCCAUGUUCCGCGACGAUGCUUCUUACCUUCUCGUGGGAGGCUUCGGAGGUCUUGGUCGGUCCGUCGCGACUUGGCUGCUUGAGCACGGCGCUCGCAACCUGGUUUUCCUCUCCAGGUCUGCGUCCAGUUCCCAGAACGAACCAUUCGUCAAGGAAUUGGAGAGCUACCCCGGCGCCGUGAUCAAGACCGUCUCGGGAGACGUUGGCAACGCGGAAGAUGUUCUCAAGGCCAUCAAGGAGGCGCCUAAGCCUGUUGCUGGAGUUCUACAGUUGUCCCUGAUUCUCAAGGAUAACUCCACGGCGGAGAUGACUUACGAGGAGUGGAGCGGCGUCGUCGAUCCUCGCGUCCGCGGCACCUGGAACGUCCACCAGGCUCUUCUCGACGCCCAAGUUCCUCUCGACUUCUUCGUCAUCUUUGGUUCCGGCGGUGGCCACACCGGCUACUACGGACAAGCCAACUACAGUGCCGCCAACACGUAUCUCGACGCUUUCGUCGAGCAUCGCCACACCCUUGGACUCCCCGCAUCCAUCAUUGACCUCGGCGUCGUCGGAGAUGUCGGCUACCUGCUCGAGCGCGACGAUCUGUAUGAGGGUUUCAAGAACGGUGGUUUCUUCUUCCUCAAGGAACAAGACGUCCUCGACUCUGCGGCCAUCGCCAUCGGCAACUCCACGGGCGGUCCCUACAGCAGCUUCUGCUUGGGCGGCUUGUCGGAGAAGCCGCUGUCCGACCCUUCCAACCGCGUCAACUGGAAGAGAGACGUCCGAUUCGCGCAGUCUCACUACUUCCACAAGUCCAGGGCCGCCGCUGCUGGCGAGGCGAAGGAGAGCGAUGAGGCGGAGACGUUCAUCUCUCUUGCCAGGUCGGAUCCUACCACUCUUCGUGACAGCGCCACCGUCGCCAGUCUCGCUCGUUUUAUCAGCGCGACGCUGAGCCAUCUGAUGUUGCGACCUGUGGAAGACUUCCCUCUUACUGAGAACCUUACUUCUAUUGGCUUGGACUCCAUCAUUUCUAUUGAGUUGGUCGACUGGAUUCACCAACAGUUCCAUAUUGGUAUGACAUCGAUGGAGGUUACGCAGUGCACUUCGUUGAUGCAUCUUGCUGAGAAGAUCAUUGAAGACUUGAUUUCAUCUAGUUAG